GUGACGAAGUCAGGAAGUCUGACGAAGGCGGAAGUUGCCGCCGAAAAAAGUCGAAAAAAGUUUUAAGUGUUCGUUUUCCUUAAUGGGCCAAGCAUACGACGGCUUAGAACAAGCUAUCCCCGAGGUGUGAAACUCGAGGCCCGGUGCCCAGAUCCGGCCCACUACAUCAUCUUAUGUAGUCUGGAAAGAAGAAAGUCUGGAAAUGAUUUGCGUGGAUAGCACACUUUUCUACUUUCUCGAUGAUGCAUUUCAAAAAGAAACAUUUUUAAUUGCGACUUUGCGAUCGUAGAAAAGUUUGUUUUUAAAAAUAUACAUGAUUAUAUUACUUGUACAAUAGUUUGCGACUAUUUUAUGAAUUUAAACUGACAACUGAUUUCAAAUCAAGCAAUCCAUCAAUAUGAUGCUAAAAAUGAAAAACAAUAUUGCAGAGGGAAUUAUGGAUGUACAAAAUGGUUUUAAAUGACUCUGAGGGCAACUAAAACUGUAAUGGGCAAUGAAGACAAAUUUCCAUCAUCAUCGUAGCCCUUUUUGACAUUUCUGCCUUGAUUUAUUUUUGGCAUAGGGUCUCGCAUUACAGUACGAACCCACUUAAGGGGGGGUUCAGUAGUGCACCUGUUUUUCAAUUGUCCUUUUGACAAUUUUUAGAACUUGUAAAAAAAAAAAAAAUCCGACGUUUAUAUGCUUUGCAAUAACAAAUAAUUUGAUUGCAAAGUGACAGGAUAAUCCCUGUACAUUUCUGUGCAAAUCUACAAGAUAACUGUACACAAUUUAACCAACAUUUAUAUUAUUUGCGGUAUAGUGUCAUGGAAGAAAUAAAAUAUGAUCCCUCAGCGUUGGUUUCUAGCCUAAAAACCUUUUAAAUAAGACACAGAUAUCAGAGAACUUUGGGAACCACUCUCGCAAAAGCCUCUGUGACACUAUAAAUUGUUUAUAACUGAUGGCAUGCAGGAGGUUUCGAAACCAUAAAUUUUGGUGGAGACUCACUGUGUGGCAGGAAAGGGUACUGCCAUGUCUUAGUUAUUUUCCUUGAGCUCAUUAUUUGGCAAAUAGCACAUGAAUGUAAAUGUUAACGACGUGAUAACAAACUAAUAAGGGUCAAUUUACAACCAUUUAUUUAUCCUUAAUAUACAAAAGUAUUUAUUUACAUAAUGCAGCCCUAGUUAACUCCAUACAAAUUCGCACAGAGGAAUGUUUGCCCUCCAGACACAACAUGAUUUUUCUGUAGUUUAUUUUUUUAUUGCCUAAUUGUUUCUUAUGAACAUAAUUUACCAACUCGGCCUUGCAAACGAUUUCAACUCAUGCAGGUUACAUUUUGUGAAUGAAAACGUCAAUGUUUGCGACAAGUGAUCGUGACGUCACGAUCAGUUGUCGCAUUCAUUGCAGUGUCACGUGGAUGCAUAUUUACAUCAACAUAACAUUUGCACAUGCGCCUUUGCGUUGACGGACAAACUUAACACAAUGUUAAAAUCGAUUUUAGCAGUUAGCAGAAUGUUAGCCUGAUUGCAUUUGUGUAACGUUUUCGGAAAAUUUGGAGAAAAAAAACCAAACAAACAAGAACAGGCCGGUUAACUGGACCUGGACAAAAAAAUGAGCAAUUGGUCAUUGUUUUUUCAAAUAGCGUUAAAAAUGAUACUUUAAAAAUAUUAUUGUAAAACUGAAAAAGUCAUUAACUUUGAUGAGACACGUUCACCUGACAUGCACGGACUAUAAAGCCUCUUGUUGUUUGGUAGAACCUCAAACAAGGUUUGACUUGGAGAAAUGUACUUAUGCGUUGAAGAGAUGCAAUUUUCCCCCUCCUCCACGUGUAUUUUCCCCCUGGCUCUGCAGCCAAAGGUUGACUUUAUAGCGGGGAGCCAUUGACUCACAAGCUCCUGCGGGCCCAUUGAGGCGUGUGUCAUGUAGUGCCAGUGGUCACAUGGCUCAGGAUCGACAUGGAUCUCACUCACGCACGUCAGCUCACGACGUGCAGGGCUCAGUGCGCCUCACUAAAGUCACUGCAGCUCACUCAGUCAGCAGGAUGACCCCGUGCUGAGGAGGACGGUCGAAUAUGGAUUUGGAUGCUUCCAAUAUGUAUCUACCCAGCUGCACUUACUACGUCCCCGGAGCGGACUUCACGGCUCUGCCGCACUAUCUGGCCCAGGGUCAGCCCUCCUGCCCGGUGGCUUACUCCUACCAGUCAUCGGCUCUUCCUCAGGUUCCGUCCGUGAGAGAUGUGGCGUUCAGAGACUAUGCGGUAGACGGCGCGGCCAAAUGGCACCACGGCAGGGGGAGUCUUGCGCACUGCUACGCGGACGACAGUUGGACCAGCCCGACCCCCCGCGGCGGAGACCUGCCGGGGAAAGGCGUUUCGUCCUCGGGUUCCACCGUUGCGCCUGGAGGCUUCCACGGCGGCGCCGCGGCAAGGAGCGGCGUCCUGCCGCAGGCUUUCGAUCAGUUCUUCGACUCGACUUACGGCGGCCAGGAGCACGGAGCCACACCGGGGCAGGACAGGUUGGGCGCGGUCAAGUCGAGUCCUGCGCCGGCUCCUCAAGCUCCAGGCUCGGACACGGCGGAAAGCUGCAGCCCCAAGUCGUCUCCCGGCCUCGGCGAGGACAGGAGCGGAAAAGGAGGCGGUGUCCAGAAGACGCGCAAGAAGAGAUGUCCAUACUCCAAGUAUCAAAUCAGAGAGCUGGAGAGGGAGUUUUUCUUCAGCGUUUACAUCAACAAGGAGAAGCGGCUGCAGCUUUCCCGGAUGCUCAACUUGACUGACCGACAGGUGAAAAUCUGGUUUCAGAACAGGAGGAUGAAGGAGAAGAAACUCAACAGGGACCGUUUACAGUACUACACCAGCAACCCCCUGCUAUAAAACAUGGACUAUAUAUAUGUCAAACACCUGCACGCCAUUGGGAACUCUUCAAAAGUCCAAAUGAUGUGUCAUUAAACGUCCCUUUCUCUAUUAUUAUAAUUAUUAUUAUUUGUUUUGUUGUUGUUGUUGUGACAAAAAUGCUCUUAUGUUCCUCCCCCAAUUUGUAUGCUCACAUUUACACGCUCGCACGCACAGACUGGAAUCGUUUUAUUCGUACUUUUAAUAUUAUAUUGUGCAAAUAUAUAUAUUGCAUAUUGUGCAA